AUGGGUGUUAAUGUGUUUGCUGUGCCUAGUAUGUCCAGUCAUGACCUAAAAGUGCUGAGAAGUAUACUGAUCCUGGUACANGUCUUCUUUAUUUGCUUCAGAGAAUGUCUUGAAUGUAGCAUCAUCGUUUCUGUCUUGCUGUCUUUUCUGAAGCAAACUCUUGGUCCUGAGCAUGACCCGGUUGUCUACAAGAAGCUGAGAGCUCAGAUUUGGUGGGGCAUUGGACUCGGCCUCUUGGUCUGUCUGAUCAUUGGCGGUGCAUUCAUUGGAGCAUUCUACGGAUUUGGCAAGGACCAUUUCGCUGCGACCGAAGAUAUCUGGGAAGGCGUCUUCGGCUUGAUUGCAUCGAUCAUCAUCUCAAUCAUGGGUGCCGCUCUCCUUCGAGUAUCAAAGCUACAAACCAAAUGGAGAGUCAAGCUGGCCAAGGCUCUGGAAGAAAAGGACCAAAACAAGGGCAAGGCGUCUACUCGUUUCAAGCGGUUCGCAGAAAAGUACGCCAUGUUCAUGCUUCCUUUCAUCACUGUCAUGAGAGAAGGCCUUGAAGCGGUCGUCUUCAUUGGAGGUGUCUCUCUUGGUCUCCCAGCUACGUCGUUUCCUCUGGCCGUCAUCACUGGUCUUGCAGCUGGCUGUUUGAUCGGGUAUCUGAUCUAUCGAGGCGGUAAUAUGGCAUCUCUGCAAAUCUUCCUCAUCGUCUCGACCUGUGUCCUCUACCUCGUUGCUGCUGGUCUCUUUUCCAAAGCCAUCUGGUUCUUCGAAAACCACACCUGGAGCAAACUCAUUGGUGGUGACGCCUCUGAGGUCGGGAGUGGCCCAGGAUCUUAUGACAUUACCAAAUCGGUCUGGCAUGUCAACUGCUGUAACCCAGAGAUCAACACUGGAGGAUUCGGUAUCUUCAAUGCCAUUCUAGGUUGGCAGAACUCUGCAACCUAUGGUUCGGUCCUUUCAUACAACUUUUACUGGAUUGCGGUAAUUGUUGCCUUCGUCUCCAUGCGCUACAAGGAGCAACAUGGCCACUGGCCCAUGAUGAAGGUCAGAUCGAAGCAAGUAGACAGUGAAAGUUCCAGCCAGGUCGGUGUGACGGAGACGGUGCAAAAGAAGGGCUUGGAUGAAGCUCGGACGACGACAGCGGUCAGAGAAAUUGAGGGGUGA